GUUACUUGUUGAAUUGUAUGAGCAUGAUGAAGAAAGCAUUACUGAAAUUUUUGAAGGUUUACUCCAUCUUGCUUCUGCAUUAAAUAACUAUUUUAAAGUUAUACCUUCUAUGCUUGAAAAAAAUAUAGAAAAAUCAGAAGCAACUUUAAUAUUAUAUAAAUCUUUUGCAUUAUCUAAUAAAAAGCAAGUAAGAGCUUCAAAAAAUUAUUACAAUGCACCAAUAUUUAGUGAUAUCACUAUUUCUAUAGACUUAAAGCAAAAACUUGAAAUAUAUGAUAGAUAUUGUUUUACAAAAGUAUAUAUUUAA